UAUAACCAAAACUGGAAACGAUGGGCAAUAUUCUUCACAUGAGGUCUGUAGAGGUCCCAUUCCCAAAGAUAUCCCACAACCACCGCAGCGUCUAUUGCCCCCUCCCUACCAACAGCCACCUACAGCACUACUGCUACAACAGCAACAACAGCAACAACAGCAACAACACUAAAGUGACCGAGGAGGAGUCCUACCCUCUGGCCACGCAGAAGACUUCAGGUCAGGAGGUCAAAACUGGGGAAAGUGGUGAAAAGAAAGCCUCCAAACCCCAAGAUGGCUGCUCUAAAGACACCUCAAAAACAACGUCAGACGACAAACAAAGUCUGCCGGUCGUCCAGCAAGAGUGGAAGCUGGAGACUCUGUCACAAAAUAACAUCAACAAUAUCAUGAAAAGCCACAUAACUGUAGCGUCAAACGUAGCAACCAAAACGACAGUGGCAACUGUUGCCAGUGCGGCCCAGUCCAAGGCUAGUUCUAGUGUUCUAGUUCUGUGUCAGAAAUGGGCUGCCAUGGAGUCGGAGGCCCAGAGACCCAUGGCCAAGCGGCAGCUGUCGGAUGAGAGCGCUGCCUGCUCCCUCAGGGUGGUGAAGAAGAGUACUUUGAGGAGGGAGGAGGUGCAGAGUGAGGUGGAGGGAAGAGCCCCGGUGAAGCCCAAACACAGUAUAGUGAAGAGUGGAAGCAUCUCAAAAAAAAAGCUCAGAAAGGAGCUCUUUGCCACAACAGAGGUCUUCAGCAGGGUGGAUAACCAUGCCAUCAAUACUGGAAAAUUGCGCAGUCAAAGGAUCUUCUCAGUUCCGACCAUCACCCAGACCAUCACAGAAGGAGCGCAGAAUGAGCUGGAGAAACUGAGAGCCAUCUGGAUCUGGCUCUGCCACAACAUCGAGUACGACGUGAGUGGCUAUCUUGGCCUGACGGACAAGCUGUGCUCCCCAGACAGGGUCAUUGAGACGGGUCGGGGCGUGUGCUGUGGAUACUCCAGCGUCUGCAUGCAGAUGUGCCAGGAGGCAGGAAUCGAAUGCCAAGAGGUGUCUGGCCAUGGCAAAGGUAUUGGGUACAGGCAAGGCCAGAGCUACCAAAACACCAAGUCCCUCCACAUGUGGAAUGCAGUGAAACUGGGAGGCCACUGGUAUCUACUGGACGCCUGUUGGGGAGCAGGGAGAGUAGACAUGGACAACAAAGCCUUUAUUAAGAGGUACGAUGACUUCUACUUCCUGACAGACCCUGAGGACUUCAUCAACUCCCACUGUCCAGAUGAGCAAGAGUGGCAGCUGCUGGACAAUCCCAUCCCACUGGAGGAGUUUGAGAAGAGGGUUCUAAAGACCUCGGAGUUCUACAGACUGGGCCUGACCCUCCUCCACCCCAAACACUUCCUGCUGGUCACAGAAAAUGGUGAGGCCUCGGUGUCCAUGAAGUUCACCAAGCCUGUCGACUUCACCUACCAGAUCUCUCAGCGGAACGGCUGUGGACCCAAAGCAGUCAACAGCUCGUCUGGCCUGCUCACUGUGACCCGGGAGAGCAUGAGGUUACGACUGCUGCCCCCUACAGGUGGCACGUAUGACGUCAUGAUCUUUGCCCGGCCAGGUAACAACUCAGGGACGUUCAGCUGGGUCUGCUCCCUCCUGGUGGAGUGUCCAGAACAGAAACCAAUGGAAGAACUCCCUGAGAACCCCUUCUUGUCCUGGGGUCUGCAGCGGAACGCAGAGAGCCUGGGAGUGAAGAAGUGCAGCAACGGGGCAGAGGCUGCAGUGUCGAAGACUGGCUCCUUCGAGCUGGUCCUGCACACCUCCAGACCACUCAUGAUGCUGUGUGAACUGACCCACAAAGACCUUGACCCGUCCAUAGCCAAGAGGUGUCUGGCCACUCAAAUCCAAUCUGACCACCUCACCUGUAAUGUCCUCUGUCCCUAUCUAGGUUACUAUAGGUUGUCUGUGUUUGUUCGUGACUACGAGCGGCCCCAAGACGGCUUCAAGAACGGAGGCAACUUCCUCUUGCGCUGCACAGAAGGCGCUAUCAACCUCAACGAGCUCUUCCCCCCUGCCCUUAGCACUGCCUGUGGGCCUGGAAUCCGGACGCAAGACGCCGGCCUCUCCAAGUUCAGCCACACGGGGGUGCUGGUGAGCACCCAGCAAGGCAAAUGCAACAUUACCUUCCAAAACCAACAAGACCUGGAGCUCCACGCUGUGCUGUUCAAGGAACAACGCAAGAGACUGGGGCACCCACUCUCCCGGCACAUCUUCUUCACCUACAACAGCAGCAAAGUGACCAUCAGCGUGGCCCUACCCGAGGCCGGAGUCUACAAGCUGGGCCUUUACGCCAAGUCCUCCACUGACCAGGACUUCAGAAUGCUAUGUGACUUUGUGCUGCGCAACAGCUCAGAGAGCAGCUGGCCUCCGUUCCCCUGCACCUACACAGCCUGGCAGAGGGGUAGUGUGCUGUUCGAGCCCCGCGGGGGUCUCCUGGAGCCCCUGUCCUGGGUGCAUUUCAGGGUCAGGGUUCCCGGGGCCCAGAGGGUGAGCGUGCUGGGGGAGCAGCUGAUGGAGCUGCAGCUCAAUAAGAGCCGUGUGUGGGAGGGAGAGGUGUUCACCGGGGCCAACAUGUCUCAGCUCAAACUGGCAGCCAGUGGGGGUGGAGGUGGCUCCACUGACAUGGCCAUUAUCAUGUCUUUCGACGUGCUGAGCCAGCAGAACGAAAUGUAAAGCGAUAAGCAGGUGGGCGGGGAGACAAGGGAUUACUAAGAGACUGUAUAAACAGGUAUUUUACCAUACCCUUGUUGAAGCACAGUAAAGCACGGAUGGGUUAGGCUCUAGGAAUAAGGUGCUCUAUCAGAAAUAUCUUGGUUUGACACAGGUACUGAAUGCCAUAAAUGUGAAAUUAUUUGUAGCUUUUGUUGCUGGAUCUGAUUUGUUUGUUUAGUUCAUAAGAAAAUGAUAUCUGAUUAUGCCUCAAAGUGUCCCUGCAAGGUGCUGUAUGAAACACAAAUUCAAUGCUUUCUACAUAUAAAUAAUUAUAAGUAUGGACUUUGCUGCUCUGUAUAAAAAUGCAUUUAGAAUAAUUACUAUUGGUCAGAAUCCUAUUACCUAAGUAGUAACAUGAAUUGCUGAAUGCUUUAUGAGCUAUGCAAUGAUGGAUGAAACAAUUAUUAUACUUACAUUGGAUGGCUUUAUUAUUGAAUGGGACUAGAGUAAACUUCUUGUUUUAAAUUUUUUUGA